AUGGCAACCCGCUCCCGGAGCACCGCUCGUCCCCUGUCCCCUCUUGAUCAAGGAGAGUUGGGACCCGCUAUUUUGGCAACCGCCGAUGAGCCAACAAGCCUUGAACCCAAGGUCUAUGGGGAAGUCUCCCUCAGCCGCGCAAUCUCCCUCCUCCUGGGAUUGCAAAACCAAAUCCUCCGGCUUGAGCGGGAACUCGAGGAACAAAAAGAAGCAACAAAGGAAGCCCAAGACUGGAUGGGAGCAGUCAACCAAACCCUCACUUGCGUUGAGGCUAGGGGUGGAGCCCCGCACACACCAGAAGACCAGAAACCCCCGGCAGUUGAGGCCACGCCCAGGCCCUUACCAAAAACCAACCCUCUUCCAGCGCCUAGUGCGCCCCUCAUCACCUGGGCCAACCCUACCAAAGCUCCCCCCGCCUUCGCCCAGCCUACUCCAGUCCGGGCUGCCCAAAGAAGCUAUACUCCCCCUCCACCUUUGCCUAUCCGACUCCGUUCCCCCCAAGUCCCACAACCAGCGGCCCCUGUAGCCGCUUAUCAAGCCCCAGUUAAGGUGGACCACCCUGACGCCUAUACGGGGAAGAUAGGGAAUGAAGCCCGCCAGUGGCUCACACAAAUGCUGGCAUGGGUACGUCUAAACCAACGGAUGUUCCCCACGGAUCAGGAGGUCCUAUCAUUCCUCCUGAUGAACAUGAAGGACGUAGCAGGUGCCUGGGCUCACCCCCACCUCGAUCAACUUGGGUCCCACAGGGCCCUUAUCCAAACAGUUGACAAAUUCAGGACGGAAUUCUUGGCUGCAUUUGGAAACCCGGAUGCUACGCGAGCCGCCAAGCGGCAAAUUACACAACUUACUCAGACAGGAACCUGUGCUGAGUAUAUCACAAAGUUUAGGACCAUCGCCAUGGACCUAGACUGGAACAACGCCGCCCUUCGUGGGCAAUUUGCACAAGGCCUCCACUGGGAGGUCAGCCGCCUCAUAGCCACCCAAGAGCGGCGCCCUACAACACUCCUUGAGCUGCAGAAUGCGGCUCUGGUCAUCAACAACGCCCUCCGUGAGGAACGUACCAGCCACCCGCCUAAGGGUAAUAAGUCUGGAAGCUCUUCCACCCCCAACAGGGGGGCGAGUACCGGCCAACAGGCCACGAGACCAGGGCGCCUCUCCAGCGAUCCCAAUUUUGUCUCUGAGGAGGAACAAAACCGCCGCCGGGCUGAAGGCCUAUGCAUCAAGUGCGGCAAAUCAGGGCACAAGUUUGCGGAAUGCCGCACUGGCUGGAAAGCCACACCCAAGGAGGAAGGUGUCAAGAAGGAAGCCGCCAAGAUUGGCAAAGAAUCUGGGCCCAAAUUGGGAAAAGAUUAA